GUUUGCCUGAAGCUUCGCUUCUAAGCUUACAUUUGGUGUAAUAUCUUCAUCACCAGCGGCUUGGCCGCAUUGAAACUCAGACUCAAUGUCUGACGGGAGCUCUAAAUCAAUUGAAUUUUCCAUUUCGAUGUCCGCAGUGCUGUUACACACGAAGAAAAGAUGGCUCAGGACUUGUGUCCGGGCCUUUAUAUACGGGCAUCGCCCCAUGGACUUAUUUGAAUAACAAUACAACCUUUGAAUGUAUUGUGUGAUCCGCAUGCCAUCACGUAGGAAGGAAUGCAAUCCCUCUGAAGACUUGUACGAAUGUUAUGAAAUAGAAUCACCUUUUUACAAUAACAGUCAAUCGAGGGGCAAGAAAUCAAAUCUGACAAUAUUAAUUCGAGGGAAAGGAAGUCGCAGGUUUAUCAUGAAAGGUCCAGUGUUUCUCCUAUUGGGAUUGACUGCAUGUUUUGUUGGAGUUGAUGGGAUCCGUUGCUACAAAUGUGACUAUUCCAAUGCCGUUCCUAGCUACAAUUCAUACUGUGGGGAUAAUUUCGAUGCGGACGAUGCCGUAGUCUCUAUUGUGACAUGUGAAGGAGAUUGCUAUAAAAGUAGAGGUGAAAUCUUUAAUGUUUACGGCUUGGAUCGUGGUUGCCGUGAGAAUUCAACCCUUGACGGAUGCGCAAACGCAUGCGGUAGCUAUGAGAACACGUCCGGGUGCGAGCACUGCUGUGACACGGACCUCUGCAACGCUGCAUCCACGCUGACCUUUCACCUCGCAACGUCUGGCGCCAUGAUGCUCUUUUCUUUGAUCUUGUAAAAAAAUAAAUGUCGUUAAGUCAUUGAACAAAUUGAACAACAUCAGACUAUACACUGUUAAAACUGUGAGUGUAAAAUAAAAAUAUGCUGUGACUUUUUCAACAUGUUGAAAUGGUUAACUUAUGGUUAACAAUUAAUGACACAACAAUUCAAAUCAAUGGUGAACGCAAAACAAGAUGGCCGCUUAAUUUACUUGCAAACCUGUGUCUGUUACACCUAAGCAAUUUUGUUCUGCUACAGUAAGCACGAAAAUGUGUUUACCGUUAAGCAGCUCUAUGAAAUUUUGCCCUGCUCACGUGGUAUGUAGCAUUCAAACACACACACAAGAAUCUAAACAUGUUUUAGGUUAUAUGACAUAAUGAAAAAGUGGGUUAAACAUGCUUCGAAAUUUGUUGAAAACCUCAACACUGUUUUUUUUUUUUUAGAUUGAGUGCUUCCCAUUUUCGAAGAAACUUUUGAACUCUUAAAUUUGCAAACACAAUAUUAGGUCUUUGUUUGGUUUUAACCAAACCUUCGCAUCUGCUCUCAACUUUAAGUACAGAUUGUUCGAUAAUGCAUGUGGCUCUUAAAGGCCACUGUAAUUUUGUUUAAGAUUUCUUUAGAAAUCAUGCAACAGAGAGUUUUCAUGCAAGUUAAAAAAGACACAGGCUGAAAUAAAGUUACGUAUACU